AUGGCUUCAACCAAGACUCUUCUGACUCUCGCCUUCUUGGCAACAGCCCAACUUGUUGCGGGCCAUGGCGCCAUCAUCGCAGCCGUUGGCGACGCUGGAGGUACCGGCAUGGGCCUCGGUGUCGACACCAGCACCCCCCGUGAUGGCACUCGUCGCAGGCCGUUUCAGCAGGACUCGACCCGCUUCCGGGGCGACGCAGCCGAUACCGUGGGCGAAACCAUCGGCGCCGGCGACAACCAACUCGAGGCCGGCACCACGGCCAUCAUGGCCGAGACGGGCGACUCGCUGCCGCAGGUCACGGCCGGCGGCGAGCUGCAGAUGACGCUGCACCAGGUGAACGGCGACGGCGCGGGCCCCUACACUUGCAUGAUCAACGCCGAUGGCACGGCGCAGACUUGGACCAAUAUCCAGGUCACCCAGAACGUCCCAGGCCGCAAUUCUCGCAACCGCGAUGGCUCGGCAACGGACUUCCCCCUCGUCGCCUCCAUCCCCGCCACCCAGACCUGCACCGGAACAGUCGCGGGCCAGGAAGACGUCUGCCUGGUGCGCUGCCAGAACUCGGCGCGCGCGGGCCCCUUUGGCGGCGUCGUGCCUGUGCAGAUGGUGAACGACAACGCUGGCGCUGGAGCCGGAAACGGGGCCGCCGGGAAUGGAACCGCUGACGCCGGCACCGGCGCCGGCACCGGUGCUGGUGGAGACGCAGCCGCCAACGCGUCGACCCGGGCCAAGAACGCGCGGCGCGCGCUGGCGAGGCGCGUCCGCGAGUCCGAGGCCAAGCUCGCCCGCCUGCGGAACCGGGCCGUCGCGCUGGCUGAGGACCUCGGCGAUCCGGAUGUCCUGGCUGAGGUGCUUGAGGACUGCGAGUGA